CAAACCCUGGAAGAGGGUAUGGCAAGGGAGACACUGGACAUACAUGUCACCACCGGCUGUCAGUCCCCAAUGCUGUUAGGCCUCACACAGGGAUUUUGACAAAUCAGAGAAGCUUGAAAGCAGGGAAAUCCUCAACCUAUUUCCAGAACUCUCCAUCCAGCUUGGCGAUUGAGCAUCUGUUGCUGGCCAGCCACAGUGCUCCGGAGGGACCUGCACAAUGCUCAAGCCCAUUAGCCUGGUGCUACUCCUCACCUCUAUGUGGACCACUAGGCACCCAGUCCAAGGUGAUGUCCAAGUGCAAGACUUUUCCAUUUCUACAUGCAGAAUCAUGGGCGUCGCCCUUGUGGGCAGAAACGUAAACCCACAGAUGAAUUUCACAGAAGCCAAGGAGGCCUGUAAGAUGCUGGGACUGACUCUGGCCAGCAGGGACCAGGUGGAAUCAGCACUGCAAUCUAGCUUUGAGACUUGCAGCUACGGAUGGGUUGGAGAACAGAUCUCUGUCAUCCCUCGGAUUUCCCCAAACCCCAAGUGUGGGAAGAAUGGCAAAGGUGUCCUGACUUGGAAAGCUUCCCCCAGCCAAAAGUUCAAAGCCUAUUGCUACAACUCAUCUGACACCUGGGUUAACUCCUGCAUUCCAGAAAUCAUUACCACAUUCGACCCCAUGCCUGACAUUCAAACACCCGCAACCGAGUUUUCUGUCAGCAGCAACGCCUACUUGGCUUCAUCCCCAGACUCCACAACACCUGCUUCUGCCACCACCCGGGCUCCACCUUUGACCUCCAUGGCACGGAAGACAAAAAUGAUUUGUAUCACGGAAGUUUAUACAGAGCCUAUCACCAUAGAUACAGAAACAGAAGCAUCUGUUGAAAGUGGAGCAGCAUUUAAGAAUGAAGCAGCUGGGUUUGGAGGUGUCCCCACAGCCCUGCUGGUGCUGGCCCUGCUCUUCUUCGGUGCUGCAGCUGUGCUGGCUGUCUGCUAUGUGAAAAGGUAUGUGAAGGCCUUCCCUUUCACAAACAAGAAUCAACAGAAGGAAAUGAUCGAAACCAAGGUUGUAAAGGAAGAGAAGACUGAUGACGUCAAUGCUAACGAAGAAUCAAAGAAAACCGUUAAAAAUGCAGAAGAGGCCAAGAAUCUACCCAAAACUACGGUGCGAUGCUUAGAAGCAGAAGUUUAGAUGCAAGCAAAUGGAGAAGGUACACCAGAGGCAAAUUUCAUGCCCUGGAACCACAGAAGCAAGCCACUGCUGGUUCCUGCAGAAAAAGACUGCAGAGUUCACCAGAAGGAGCCCUCUCCUUACUGCAGUCUUCUCUGGACUCUACUCUCUGACCUCUAACCUUCCCACAGCCUCCCUAGUCUGUCUGUGGCUCACAACAGACCAGAGAGUAGAGGGAGCUUUCAAAACACCAGGCCCUAAAACUGCACCCAAGCUCACACUCAGAGAUAGGCAUCCAGGCUGCCUGACCCCAAAUAAAAUCCAGAGUCCCCGAGACAUGACCAGGCCCAUAGUUCAAAAUCUUCCUACACGGAAACACACCACCUGGCCAUGUUCUUUGGAACCAGGCACAGGUAAAAUAAGGAAAGGAAAACAACAGAAGGUCACAGAAAGCCUGGUGACUUGAGACCUAAUCUCUGGGAAGCCAGAAUAAACAGAGCUUGAUGUGGGAGCUGGGGGCACCGACAGCGGCCUUGUUGGUAGAGACUGUAACUACAGGCUGGGGCCGGGAAGCCUCUCAGUUAAUUGUUCUGCAUCACUUUUUAGAACAUAGACACACUUUCUUUUCUCUUUACUGCUGCUUAUGUUUUCUAGAGACAAGUACACUUUUAUAAGAAACCUAAAAACAGGAGUGGCCUGGAGCUGGCUCUGGUAAAGCCCGUGCCUGGCAUGUACACACAAGGCCUCCCCAGAAUCCACCCACCCCACAUACACACAAAGAAACAAACAAAACUAUGCAUUUCCAUUUUCAAUUGAAUUACAGGACCCAUUGCUGAGAAAACAACUAUGUUAAAAGAUAAAAAAAAAGAAAAGAACACACACACACACAAAUGUCAGAUAAUCUUCUAUAAGCUGAGAACGCUUUACCUGAAAAACUUGGUCCCAACAGUAUUACAAAAUUCAGAUUAUGUUUGAAGUCUGGAAUACUUGCACAUACAUAAUGAUAUAUUAGAGGGACUCAGUCUAAAUAUGAAGUUUACGUAUGUUCCAUGCAUACCUUAGACACUUAGCCUGGCAGUAAUUUCAGAUGAAAUUUUAAAAAUAACUUCGCACAUGAGAAAAAGUUUCACAGUGUGGCAUUUUCCCCCUGGAGGUAUCAUGCUGACACACA